UGCGGUAGAAUUGCAAACAGAAGUUUUAUUGAGGAAAAAAAUUCUAAAUUUUGGGCUAACUUUAUUAUAAGCAGGCCAAUAAUUAAAAAGGGCCCUUAUUGGAUUACAACAGCAACUUGAAUAUCAAAAUGAGUUCAAUACCAAGGCCCAUAUUAAACCGCAUUCCUGGUGAAAUGCCCAAAGCUCAGAAAGAGUGUCAUGUCAAAGAUCUAACCAAGCUUACACAAAUAGAACUAAUGGACAUAAAAGAAAGGGAAGCCAAGCUAUUGGCCAACAAAGCUAAUUUACAAAAAUUGCCUGACAAGGGCAAACGGAUUCAGGAUUUCUAUGACAAGGUUGUGGCGGAACUUGACAGACGCUCUAAUGUGGAGGAGGCUGCCAAAUUAUUCUCAGCUCUCAACAUAGCAUCAAAAGGUGAAAGGGCACUGAAUGAAAUGGAGUGGCGGGGAAAAAUUGGUCAAGCUGACCAUGAUGCCUUAAAUGACAUUCUCGACAGUGACGAUGAGUUGGAGAUGGAUCCUUUGCGCAUUAUAGCCCAAAAACAAAUGCAUGAGCGCAAAGUGAAAGUUGAACCACCCGAAGAGAAAUUAAUCACUGCAGAAGACCUCAAGGAAAUUCAAUCGUUUAAAGCUGAUUCGCCCGGCUCUGGAGUAAAUACCGAAAAUGCUAGUGGCGAUCUAAAUACCACAGCCAUAGAUGCUGAAAUAGUUGCAAUCGAUUUAAAGGAAAAACUGGAGUCUCUGAAACCUAAACUGCAAAGUCUCAAUGCUAGUUUAAACUCUUCUCGCAACGAGUCUAGAACAUCCAGCUCAUGUUCCCAACAUUUAGAUUUAGAUCCCCAUGUCCAUUAUUUAGUGGAAAAGACUGAAGUACAAGUAGCAACAAAUCAAAAACCAAAAUUCCUGCCAUUCCGCACAACAGUCUCCAAUGUCCAUGAUCCCGCCAAAGAAAAGCAAAGAAAGAAAGGUAAAAACUGGGAGAUUACGGCGGCUACGCCACCGCCAAUACAGCAUCAUGCUACCCAACUACUGAGUCUCAUGGAUUCGGUUGAAAUACAGACCGAUUAUUUGUUAAAACUAAAAGAACUGCAAGAAAAACAAGCCGCCGAACGCUUGGCAGCCAAAGUGAAACGUAUGGAAAAAAUAAAAAUGCAACUGCCAGCAGAUGAAAUCUUAAAAACCAAUCCCUCCUUUACAAAUUAUCGUUCCAAACCUGCGGAUAAAAAAGCUAACCACACAAAUCACAUUGAAGGAGAACAGAAAUUCAAUGAAGACGAUGAAGUCACAGAUCCUUUGGAUGAGGAAAAAUCUGGAGGCGUUACCUACACAGUCUAUGAUUAAAAAACAAGUGACAACAACAUCAAUCAUUUGACAUAGAUCGUUACAAUAUUUCUAUAAAAAAACAUUUUCAAAACAAGAGCUGGGCUCGAAUUUGUUCAGAGUCUUAAUUGCUCCUUCUUAUGUAUGUAUGUGAUUUUAUUUUAAAUUAUAUCUGUAUGUUAGUUAAUUUUUUUGUAAAAGAAACUCGUUUAUAUUGAAUAGAAUUGUGUCGCUGUCGAUGCUUGCAAUUCGAUUUGACCCAUUUUGAAUUGGAGACGUUGUAGCCAUUUCAGUAGAACUUCAGCACUGUG